GUAAAACUUGCUUACCUUUUAGUGUGCAUAAAUUGGUGUUUGAUAAUAAAAUAUUCUUAGAAACGCUUGCAGUGAAUUAAAGUAAAAUACCGGUAAAAAAAAUAAUAACGGUUAAAAUAUUAAAGUGAAUCAUUUUGAGUGUUUAUAGUGCAGGUUCGUAAACUUGGGAAAAAUAUUAUUAACUUUAAGCCUAUUUAGUAGUAACCAAAGUCGAAACUAAAUCUAAGCUAGGGGAAUCGACCUAUAAUACUGUAGAAGAUGCAAUGUCUCUCAUUUUCUCUUAAACACGCACCGUAAAGAAUAGAAAGAGAGGUAAAGCAGGUAUAGGCAGAUGUAUGGCAAGGAGCAUAUUAAUAACCCAAGGAUACUCAUAGUACCAUACGAUCCUACCAUCUGUUCGGUACCGCAAGUGUGAGAGAAAACGUCGACCACCAUCAGUAAUGGAGUGUGCGGACUUAAUGCUGUUCGUUUGUUUAUUGGUUACGUGUUGUAUUACUUUGGGUGCUACACAAAAACAAGGAUUAAAUGGUCAUUGUACGCAUGUCUCAGAGUGCGGAAAAAUUGGCUAUUUUUGUUCAAGAAAUCGAACAUGCCAGUGUUUUUCUGGAUAUACACCAAAUAAAGCAUGGACCAAAUGUUUAGGAUAUAUUGGAGUGAAAUGCAAAUAUGACAGCCAUUGUAUAGAAGGAGCUUACUGCUCAGCGAGCCAAAAUAAAGAGGUAUGCCGGUGCAAAGAAGAAGAUGGUUUGAUUCCCAACGAGGAUAAUACUGCUUGCAUAAGCUCCACCGCUCAUUCCAAACAUAAACCAUCAGUAUCCAGGCUACUUUUUGUUGCGAUAUAUUGGAUCGGACUGUACCUAAAUACCUAAAAUAUUUGGACAGUUUAUUCGUAGUUUAUUGAUUUGCCAUUGGUUUAAUAGUGAUUAAUAAUUAGUUUUUAUUUAUUUUUUAUAUUGUGUACUUAAAAACAUAUGAAAGGUGUUGUCAAUGAGAAAUCUCUAAGAAUUUCUUUGAUAGUUGCAUUUUUACGAGUUUAGAAGUUAUUUGAAUAAGCAGCAUUUAAUAAAAGAUACAGAGCUUUUUUAUCAAUUUUAACGUAAGAAACUGAUCUACUUUAUCAAAUAAUGUGUAAAUCUGUAAGAUAACUUAAAUAAUUCAAUAUCUUGAUAAUUAUAAAAAAAGGAAAAUACCAAAUUUAAAGGAAAUCAAAAACCAAAAGCAGAUGUUACUUAAUAAUAAUACUUAAAAUGUGAUGUACACUUAGUCAUUAGGUUUAUUUUAUAAAACGCGUUUUUAUAUACUGUUAGAUGUUUUCACCUGAAGUAAAGACUUAGUUUUAUUUUGUAUGUAUGUUAUGUUAUUUAGUCCUUCGCGUUAAUUGGCACAAAAGAAAACACAUUUUUAAAUUAAUAUCAAUAUAUUCUAGAACAUUUCCCAUGGAGUUUCAUUGUCAUGUUUAAGGCCUAUGAAUUCCAACAAGGUUCUAGCAUGUAAAUAUUGAA